GUGCAUCGUUAAGCAUUUUUUUCCAUAAAAACAAAAUAACUAAAAAAACAAAAAAAUAGCAACGAAGCUGGGUCCGAUGGCAGCGUAGCACACAUUCGCUGUCCCAAACACGUUCUUCUCACUAUAACCAUUCAUUUUCCAUUCAUUCUCAAUUCUCUCUCUCUCCCUCUGUCUCUCAUCAUUUCUUUCUCUCUCUAAAACAAUGGAUCUCCAUCGCCGGCCGCCGCCGCCAACCACCCCCAACGGCGCCGUUGCGACAACAAACCACCAUUCCCGCCGCCUCAAAUCCCCUUCCCCUUCACCAAAAGCUUCCGACGCUCUCCCUCUCCCUCUCUACCUCACCAACACAAUCUUCUUCACGCUUUUCUUCUCCGUCGCGUAUUAUCUUCUCCACCGUUGGCGUGACAAGAUCCGUAGCUCCACUCCUCUUCACGUCGUCACUCUCUCCGAAAUCGCCGCCAUUGUUUCCCUCAUAGCUUCUUUCAUCUACCUCCUCGGUUUCUUCGGUAUCGAUUUCGUUCAAUCGUUUAUCUCACGCGCCAAUCACGACGGUUGGGAUCUCGAUGACACAAUCACCACAAACCAAACCACCAAUUUCUCCGUCGCAAGUCCCGUCGCGGGUUCAGAUCAGUCUCUUCCUAAACUCACCGCACCGAAACCCUCAUUUUGCUCAGAAGAAGACAACGAAAUCGUGAAUUCCGUCGUGGAAGGUGAAAUACCUUCCUACUCGCUUGAAUCGCGGCUUGGAGAUUGUUUCCGAGCCGCGGCAAUUCGACGUGAGGCUUUACAGCGAACUUCAGGGAGAUCAUUAGAUGGUUUACCGUUAGAAGGAUUUGAUUAUGAAACAAUUUUAGGGCAGUGUUGUGAAAUGCCGGUAGGGUAUAUACAGAUUCCGGUAGGGGUGGCGGGACCGUUGUUGUUAGAUGGAUUUGAAUAUACAGUUCCUAUGGCAACUACUGAAGGGUGUUUGGUUGCUAGUACUAAUAGAGGGUGUAAAGCUAUAUAUGCUUCUGGUGGUGCUGAAAGUGUUGUUUUGAGAGAUGCUAUGUCUAGAGCACCUGUUGUUAGGUUUUCUACUGCUAAAAGAGCUUCUCAGUUGAAGUUCUUCUUGGAGGAUCCUCUUAAUGCUGAUACUUUGGCUGUUGUUUUCAAUAGGUCAAGUAGAUUUGCCAGGCUUCAAGGUAUUCAGUGUGCUAUGGCUGGAAAGAAUCUUUAUAUGAGAUUUACCUGCAGUACAGGUGAUGCCAUGGGGAUGAACAUGGUCUCCAAAGGGGUGCAGAACGUUCUUGAUUUCCUUCAAAAUGAUUUCCCUGACAUGGAUGUCAUUGGCAUUUCUGGAAAUUAUUGUUCGGACAAGAAACCUGCUGCAGUUAAUUGGAUUGAGGGACGUGGUAAAUCAGUUGUUUGUGAAGCAAUUAUCAAAGAAGAAGUGGUGAAGAAGGUAUUGAAGACCAGUGUUUCUGCUCUGGUGGAGCUCAACAUGCUCAAAAACCUUGCUGGUUCUGCUAUUGCGGGCACUCUUGGUGGAUUCAAUGCCCAUGCUAGCAACAUUGUUUCUGCCAUUUUUAUAGCCACGGGUCAAGAUCCAGCUCAAAAUGUUGAAAGUUCCCAUUGCAUAACAAUGAUGGAGGCUGUAAAUGAUGGGAGAGACCUACAUAUCUCAGUGACCAUGCCUUCCAUUGAGGUUGGUACAGUAGGGGGUGGGACUCAACUUGCAUCUCAAUCUGCUUGCUUGAAUAUGCUUGGUGUAAAGGGUGCAAGCAAGGAUUCACCAGGAUCAAACUCGAGACUCCUGGCAACCAUUGUUGCUGGAUCUGUUUUAGCAGGCGAGCUAUCUCUGAUGUCUGCCAUUGCUGCAGGGCAACUCGUCAACAGCCACAUGAAGUACAACAGAUCAUGCAAAGAUGUAACCAAACUAUCAUCUCGAGGGUGAGGAUAUGGUUGCAGUCAUUGUUUAAGGUGUCGAAAAUAAUAAACAGUAGGGUCUUUCAGCGCAGAAACCGGAAUUUAGUGAAGAAAAAUAGAAGACAUUGAAUUUGAUAGUUGGGACCCAUAUCUGGUUCUGAGUUGCUAUGUGUAAUGUUUUGUUAUUCGGCUGAGAGUAGAGUACUACCUUUUUUGGUUGUCCUCACUGGAUCCCUCCUCUCAGCCGAGCCAUUGGCUGGGUGUUAACAUUCGCCUUCUCCUUAACAAAGACAUUAAAGUGUUGUAUUAUAAUUCUUUUUCUGAUAUAUAUGUUUAGUAUAUAUAAUAUUAUGUAUCAUUGUCUCUGAUACAUUUGUUCUAUGUAAUUAGGGACCAGUUAGUUAGUUAGCCGUGUGGUUUGAUGAAUUUCCUUCUUUUCUAUUGAAAUGAAUUUGGCCAUGUCUUUCCUA